UGGGGUGGAAAAGAUCGCUCACUGAAGUUUUCCCAGGGCCUCUAAAGCUCGAGUCCACCGCGAAAACGGCAGUUCUCCCAGAACCGUUGAAGCCGUCGCAGGUGUUCUGGCCCGUGGCAACCCGCGGCGCGAACUGCGCCCAUUGAAGAAGUGUGUUAGUGUAAGUGAACAAUUCCCGGAAAAUUAAAAACUGAAAAGGAUUUCCACUACGGAAAGGGAAGGGAAAGUGUUUUGGCGCCAAGUGAAACACGGGGCUGACAGAUCUGGGUUAAAAAGUGAUUCCCCGAUUGUUGAAAAUCGAUGCAGUGAGUGGCCAGGUGUAGUGUGUGUGAUUUGUUUGGGUGGGAAUGGAUCCAUUCCUGCUGCAGAUUGGCCAAUCGGAACUAAUCUCCGCCAGUUCGGAACUGUGGAAUCAGGAGUGGUACCGGUUUCGGCAGGACUUCUUCCCGAGCUAUAGCCAUUGGUACUGGUAGAUGGGUUUUUCGCACGACCCCUCGGAUCAUCCGGUGCUAUGGUGCCAACAGUUGAAACGUGCCCAGGAGAAACGGAUUGCUGAUGCCAGUUUGCGCGAUUGGCAGCACCGGAAGCAGCUCGAACGACAAGCACGUGCCAAAGAGCAAGCCCAUUUUCCGCUUUUCCAGUACCGAGAAGUGAUGGACCGUUACUCGCCGUGGGGCCGAAAGGGGGGCGGCGCCCCCAACGACACGAUCCGCAUCCGGAACAUCCAGCUGCAGGGCAUCUACCCGGAAACGAAGAAUCUUCCCACCGUUGUUCCUGUUCCCGUUUCGCACGCUGCCCCACGGCGACAGGACUUCCGGCAACCGGUGACGUCAACGAUGGCAAGGCCGAGCAAGGGUGUGAGUGCCGGGGGAGGGGGAGCCCCGCUGAGGAACGCUUCCGGGCAGAUUGUUACGGGGCUGACGGACGAUCCGAUCAUCAGUUUCAACGACGCUAAUCGGUACCACGUGGACAAUGAUUUGCGGUACAAGACGUCACCGGCGCAGAAGCAAUCGUACAAGGCGGAACUGGACCGGAUAGUGGCCGAGAAGGAAAACCGACUGAGGAAGAGCAGGAGUUCCGAGACGGAUGCCAAGAAUGGAGGGCCGUGGGGAAAACCAGGACCCGGAGGAAAGCCAUGGAGGCCACCUAAAAAUGUCGGUCACAAUUUUAUGAAGUCAAUGGGUUGGACGAAUAAAGAAACACUUCAGGAUUUGGACAUCGACAUCGUUACGAAGAUGCAGCGUCAGCUGGAAGAGGAGAACAAAUACCUAAAGAAAUUCUCAAACUGCUGCUCCCGGUGCGUGUGCCAAUGCGUGAGCAACAGUCUCGAUCCGCCAGCCACCACCGGAAGUGCCCAGGCAUCCCGUCCAAUCAUCAGCCCUCCGAAAGCGCUUCUAUCACCGCCAGCAACGGCCCCGAGCCAUCCGAUCCGGGACGAGCCAAACCCAAGUACCGACAAGAUCACCGAUCGUCGUGUUCCUCGCCUGUGCCAGCAAACGCAGCAGACCACACCGGGGCGGGCCCCGGUCGUCAAGCGUGGCGCCAGAAUUGCUCCAACUCGAAACUGCAUGAUCACCGGAGGUGUGGAAUUGGUCCCGCUGCUGGCCAAACGCCGCUCCCAACCGAGACCCAUAAGCCUCGGGACGACCGACGUUACCAAAAUCGAUAAGUACAGCUCCAAUGGCGUAGCGGCACGGCACUCAGGAGAUGAAUACCUGCACGAGCUUUGCACCCAAAUGAACCAGAAGCAGCGCCGAAUGGAAACCACCCGAGUGGUCGAGUUCGAAACCAGCAAACAGCACUUCGACACGUGGUCCAGCUUCUGGGGCCGGCCAGGGCACGGAGCACCGCUUCCCAACAAGAACAAGCUUAACCUGGACAAUCUGCUUUACUCGUCGCCGCGGUAAAGCAGCAUUCGUGCCAGACUCUCACGCUCUCGUAGUGUUUUGUAAGUAUCGAUCAUGCUUUUGGAUGAAGGAGCAUUUACAGCGACUUAAAUUCAUAUUCGUACGGGGUACUGCUUCCGCAUCAAGUUGGUAAAAAAUGAAAGUCGUGGAUGCCAUCUAUCAUUCGAUAAUCAUAAAUUUGCCAUUUAUUAAAAACUAUCACUACUAUGAGACAGAGGAGGAUCUUCUGUCCAUCGUAGCAUUGUUUAAUAAGGUGAAAAUCCAUUGGUUCGUCAGUAACAACAAGCUGUAGACUUGAUUACCAAUGGCUUUUAGGGCGAGAUCAUAAAUUUUGCGAGAAAUGUACUUUAAUAAAUCGAAACAACAAUAUAAAUGUUUAGAAAAAUAAUAAUAUGAUUGCAGUUUCAAAUUUUGUAAGUGUAAAAAGGUGUACGAAUAUUAAAUUGGGUAAAUUUCAGACACAAAUUAAAUAUUGUUCAUUGUUCCAAAGAAUAAAGUGAAUCAGUGGCGCGGGAAGUGGGUAGGACAGGUAGGACAUGUACUACGCACAAAAAUACCUGGGUAGGGCAGUCAAAGGAUUGUCUUACCCACGAUUUAGCAAAACAAAAAUACAAGAUCAGCAGAAGGCUUGAAAAAUAAAUUAAACUAUUUAUCAUCUGUUCAAUAUACAAGCCUGUGUGGACAGUUUCUCCAACAUAUCAACAGCCAACCCGGUAAAUGUUCUGGGAUAAAUAAGCGUUCCUGGAAGUUAUUUUUGAGAAGCUUUUGGAACUUCUAUAGUGCAUUGUCAGAAGAUUAUUGUGGAAUUUUUGGAUGAUGUAAUGGAUUAAUCACAUUGUCGAUCACGAGUGUUAUGGUGCUAGCGAUUUCUGAAAGUGCGAUCACUCUUGACUUGUUAUUAACUCUCAAAAUAUUGCUAAAUUUCUUAACGAUUCUCAUGGCAAUUCCUAUAGAACUUCCACAGUCCAUAAUUUGCACAAACUGUGAUAUUAGAGUAAUGGAGUCAACGGAGUCUCAGUACAGAAUGAUUUAUUGGGUUCUCUCUAUGUCGUGUAUCAGUGUGUGUGAGUGUGUGUGUGUAUGAAUGAUGAACGUAUAAAAGCAAGGUUUACCAAUAUGCAGGUGUUAUGGAAUACACUUUUAACAAAUACAAGUCACCCUUGUCACACAAACUACCACUGAUAUUUGUGGCAUCUAGUGAAAUAUAUAUAAAGGCGAUGAAACAUUCUUCAAGAAUCCGUUUCUUACGAAAACUUUUGCUAUUAGCCACUUUGAGGUUACUCCGGUGUAAAAAAACACCAAAAAAUAACAAAAUUUUGGCUAUUCAUCAAUUUGCUAUCGAGGAAAUUAGAACGAUCUGGCUGGUUGUAAAGACAGCCAGUUUGGUCUACUCUUGCCUAUUUUUUUCAAUUAAAUUGAUUUAAGAGGGAUUUUUUUUAAAGACUUUGUCCCUUUUUAAUGCAAGUCUCUACAAAGUCUCUAAUUUUAAUUUUUAUAGCUACCAUCUAAAAAAAAAAAUUAUCAAGAGUCCCAUUUUUUCUAAUACCGCUUGAAUUGAAUCCUGAAGAAAAAUUGUACAGAC